GCCCGAGAGCGGGGGCUACGGAUACAACAACCCCAAGGCGCUGAAGCAGAGCAUGACCCUGAACCUAGCCGACCCCGCCAGCGCCCUGAAGCCGCACCUGAGGAACAAGAGCGCCGACCUGCUCACCUCGCCCGACGUGGGGCUGCUCAAGCUGGCCUCGCCCGAGCUGGAGCGCCUCAUCAUCCAGUCCAGCAACGGGCUCAUCACCACCACGCCGACCCCCACCCAGUUCCUCUGCCCCAAAAACGUGACGGACGAGCAGGAGGGCUUUGCCGAGGGCUUCGUGCGGGCGCUGGCCGAGCUGCACAACCAGAACACGGUGCCCAGCGUCACCUCGGCCGCCCAACCUGGCGGCGGCGGCAUGGCACCUGUCUCCUCCAUGGCUGGCAACAGCGGGUUCAACGCCAGUUUGCACAGCGAGCCGCCGGUGUACGCCAACCUCAGCAACUUCAACCCCAACGCCCUCACCUCGGCCCCCGGCUACACGCCGGGCAGCAUGGGCUACCCGCCGCCGCCCCCGCCGCCGCAGCAUCACAUGAACCCCCAGAUGCCGGUGCAGCAUCCCAGGCUCCAGGCGUUGAAAGAAGAGCCUCAGACUGUCCCUGAAAUGCCGGGGGAGACUCCUCCGCUGUCCCCCAUUGACAUGGAGUCUCAGGAGAGGAUCAAGGCUGAAAGGAAGCGCAUGAGAAAUCGAAUUGCCGCCUCCAAGUGCCGGAAAAGGAAGCUGGAAAGGAUUGCCAGAUUGGAAGAAAAAGUGAAAACUUUGAAAGCCCAGAACUCAGAACUGGCAUCCACUGCCAACAUGCUCAGAGAACAGGUUGCACAGCUUAAGCAGAAGGUCAUGAACCAUGUCAACAGUGGGUGCCAGCUCAUGCUCACACAACAGUUGCAAACGUUUUGAAGAGAUUGACUCGAGUCAGAACUAAUGAGGUUGUGGUAGAGCAAACAAACCCCCCAGAAGUGGCAGACACGUAAAGCUAAUGGUAAAAGCUGAAAGGCAUUGAGUCCUGCCUGCGCCCCGCCAAGCGCAUGUGUGGAAAGACUGGCAAGCCUUCAGUCCGAGCGAGUGGGUGAAGCAGCCAGCAGCACUGCUCUGAGAAGUGCUGUGCCUGCUCCGAGGAGACUUCAGAUCUCUUGUUUUAACACUGACCAAGACCUGCAUGGACCUAACAUUCGACGAUCAUUCAGUAUUAAAGGUUAAACUGCAAUAGAGACUGUAGUUUGCUUUCUGUAGUACUCUCUUUAAAGGAAGAAAAAAAAAAAAAAAAGGGGGGGGGGGGUUUGGGGGGGGCCAAAAAAAAAAAAAAAAAAAAAAAAAAUGAACUAUACUGCCUGCCUUCACUUAAAUUUGUGUAUGUACAUAUCUUUUUUUUUAUUAUUAUUAUUUUAUGAAAGCUGAUUAAUGUCAAUAAACUACUUCAUGACUUUGUAAGUUA